UUACCUGUUCGUCAUUAAUGCGCAGACGAUGGCAGUGACAAGUCAACGAUGCUUGCUUCGUAUUGACGCCCGCAGUGGAGAUGGAGAGUCUCUAGGGUUUCGAUCGCAUUGCUCUCCAUCGACGAGCUCAAGAUGGUCCACCCAUCGAGCUGCCUCCCCUCCCUUCUCCUCGUUACUCUCGCUUCCUUCCUGCUCCGCUCGGAAGCCUCCUGCCGGAAAGGCUGUGACCUCGCCCUCGGCGCCUACUAUGUCUCCCCGCAGGACAACCUCACCUACAUAUCCAGCCUCUUCAACCUCGAAUACGUCGAUCUCGGGCCGUACAAUCCCGAAGUCACGAACUUAAACAGCAUCGGUACCGGCAGCCGCGUUCACGUCUUCUUCCGCUGCGACUGCAUCGAUGGCGACUUCCUUGGUCACAAUUUCUCCUACGUCGUCCUCGGGGGCGAUAGCUACGAAAAGAUUUCCCAGAAUGUGUAUGCCAAUUUGACCACGGCCGCCUCGCUCACCCAGUUCAAUAGCUAUCCGAUGAACAACGUGCCUGAAGGGAAGACCAUCAAUGUGACCGUGAAUUGCUCCUGUGGAGAUUCGUCGGUCUCAAAGAACUACGGUCUGUUCGAGACUUAUCCGCUUCGGCCUGAAGACAAUCUGUGGUCGUUGGCUGAAGCGUAUGGGUUUUCUGGACGAGAGGAUUUGCUGCAAGCGUAUAACCCUGGGAUUAAUUUCAGCGCUGGCAUGGGGAUUGCAUUUAUCCCAACCAAAGAUCCCAGUGGAAGCUAUCGUGCCCUUUCCUCUAGUGCAGGAAUUUCCUCGGGAGCUAUUGCUGGAAUUUCUGUAGCAGGAGUCACUAUUCUGAUAUGCACAAUAUAUUUGUAUAUUUAUUGUCAAAGAAGAAUGAAGGCAAAGAAAGAUUCCUUGCUUUCAUCAACACUUGAAGUGUCAAUGUAUGGACCAGGAAUGACUGCGCCUCGAGAAGAUGGCAAUUCCAUAUUUGUAGGUAUUACUGUUGACAAAUCAGUGGAGUUCACUUAUGAAGAGCUUGCUAGGGCUACAGAUGAUUUUAGCCUAGCAUACAAGAUUGGAAGUGGUGGCUUUGGCAUUGUCUAUUAUGCUGAGCUCAGAGGAGAGAAAGCUGCCAUCAAGAAAAUGGAUAUGCAGGCAACUAAUGAAUUUCUUGCUGAAUUAAAAGUCUUAACUAAUGUUCAUCACUUGAAUUUGGUGCGCUUGAUAGGAUACUGCACUGAGGUUUCUUUAUUUCUUGUGUAUGAAUUCAUUGAUAAUGGGAACUUGAGUGAGCAUUUACGUGGGUUAGGCAGAGAUCCUUUAGCCUGGGUUACAAGGGUGCAAGUUGCUCUUGAUUCAGCCAGGGGUCUAGAGUACAUCCAUGAGCAUACUGUUCCAGUUUAUAUUCACCGCGAUAUCAAAUCUGCAAACAUAUUGUUGGACAAGAAGUUCCGCGCUAAGGUUGCCGAUUUUGGCUUAGCAAAACUUACCGAAGUGGGUUCCUCUUCACAAACACGACUUGUUGGAACAUUUGGUUAUAUGCCUCCAGAGUAUGCGCAGUAUGGUGACAUUUCUCCUAAAGUGGACGUGUAUGCAUUUGGAGUUGUUCUUUUUGAACUUAUUUCAGCCAAAGAUGCAAUUGUGAAAACAGGCGGCUCCCUGACAGAGUCGAAGGGAUUGAUUGCUCUGUUUGAGGGCGCUCUCAGUAAAUCUGAUCCAAAAGAAGAUGUGAAGGAGCUAGUAGACCCGAGGCUUGGUCAGGACUAUCCAAUUGACUCGGUUCUAGCGAUGGCAUUGCUCGCAAAGAGUUGCACCCGAGAAAACCCCCAGCUGAGGCCGACCAUGAGACAAGUCGUGGUGACCUUGAUGACACUAUCAUCGGCUACCGAAGAUUGGGAUAUGGGCACUUUUUAUGAGAACCAAGCUCUUACUGGUCUUAUGUCUGGAAGGUAGCAUGCUCCUAUUUCCCUGUCUUCCACAAUGCACUCGUCACCUGUGUGUACAAAUGUAAAAAAUAUCAUAUUCUGUAUCGUUUGUCAUCUAAUAAGGAUUUAUAUUGCCUGAUUCGUUCCA